GAGAAGAGGAGUGGAGACAGAGCGGUGUGGCUGGAGUGGCUGUCGAGGUACUCUCAUCGACUCCACCGAGACCUGGACUCUGGGACUGAUGUCUCCAAGGUUAAUGAGGUUCGUCUCUCCACCAUGAAACAGAAUAAUCCAAGGUUUAUACUCCGCAACCACAUUCUACAGACUGCCAUAUAUAGAACAUGCAGAGAAAGGAAAUUUCUCUGAGGUCCGUCAUCUGUACAGAUACUGCAGACACCCUACCAGCAUGUAGGAGGAGUGGGGUCUCCUGGACCAGUGGUUGAGGCCAGGGAGGAUGGAGGGACUGUGGCUUCUCGUGA